GCUGCAGCACACUGAUGUGUACACAAAGCCAUACCUUCACUGGAGUGUGUGCAAAAACUGUAGAUUGUUCUGACGACUUGUCUGUAAGCAGAACAGUGUUUAAGAGGCUUAGCUUCAACACAAGCUUUGGAAUAAACGCUUGGACUGUUUUCUCAAGCUUUUGAUGAAAUGGCACUUUGCAAAAGCUGUUGCUAAUUCUAAUAGUUUCAAUUCCGACAGGGAUUUUUAUCACUUUUGUUUACUUGGUCUUUGGAAUUAAUGAGGUCAGCUGAGUCAACCACGGCAGUCUCAGAGAUCACAAACUUGCAGAAGUCAUUGAACAAAAAAUGUGUUGAUUUCCUACAUUAAACAUGAGUUUCUAGCCAGCGUGGAGUCUUUUCGGGAUGAGGAUGAGCAGAGAUGUGAUCAACGAUGCCCCGAAUAAUAAACACACAGGAGAUAAUAGGAGAGGAUACUGUUUGUGCUUUAUUCAAGAGCUGACUCAGUUUCUCCUCCACAUGUGGUUCGUAUUUGAUCCAUAGUGCUGUUCCGCUGGACGAGUUGGCACUGUUCUCCAGAUCUCACAUUCUUUGCUUUUUUUUCUCCAACUUUUACUUCUGCUGUGCUUCAAUUCAAAUUCAAAUUCCAAUUCAAAUUCUAAAAUACUUUAUUAAUCCCAGAGGGAAAUUAGUUUCAGUGCACACAAUUCCGAGAUCAGACACACAUACAUAGACACAUGACAAGAAUUGGUGACUGUGGUCAUUCGCAACCCGAGUCACGCUACCGUAAUAGAUCAAGGGUUUAUAUGAGGAUAGAGUCAGGGGAGGGAAAAAAAGGCACUUCUCACCCGAGAGGGCAGCUUUGCUAUGCAAAAAAACAUCUCAGACAGAUAUGCACACAGACUUCAGACAUUACACAACAUAAGUGUCCACUAGGUGGGGAGAUAGGGUUGGGACUCUCCUCACUUCAGUGCAUGCAGCUGCAUGGGGCAGCGCUCAUCACCUCCGUUUGGACAGGGGAUGGAGUUGAUGGGUUAGAGAGCACAGUGACUCCUAAAUAUGGUUCCACGGCCUUCACCGGUCACAGUCCCCCCAGGCUAGGAUAGGGAGAAAGAGUUUCCAUAGUGACAACAGCAUUACACAUUUCUUCUGAGGGGGGAGUUAUCACUUCAGCCUCACAGGCUCCAAGGGCACCAGAUUAAGAUAAAAAUUCACGUCUUGUGGUGCACGGAUGCAAAUGUGAGAGAACAUUUUAACUUGUUUUCAUACUUUUGCAUUCUUGUUGGAAUACGUUUUUGUGAUUUACAAAUCAGUCUUGGAAAAUAAAAUAAAAGUCUGUUUUAAGUUGCUCUCAGUGUUUCUCUGGCCUCUGUACAAUGAGACCAUCUCCUCAUCAGCAGCAUCAUCACUCUGCACUCACACGCGUCCUUUUUAAUAUCUCCUUCCUCGUCAAACCCUGUAACCUCUGUCUCCACCCAAUGAGCAAAGGGAGCCCACCCUCAUGUCUUUCUCCCCCCUCCUCUCUCCCUCAACUCACACUCUUUCCACGGUGCACUAAUAAAGGAGAGGUCCGGCGCCAGCAUCCGACCCAGCGACGAGUCUCGCCGCAGCACAGGACAACGUUUGGCUCCAGCUCCGAUUCGGACGCAAGCAUCUUUGCUUCUGAGUAAAUAAAAAACAAAGGAUUAGACCCUGGAGGAGUGAAGGUAAAACUGCUACUUGCCUCACGAAGUAAGCCUACGGUUGGCAGCCAGAACUUCAGAGAGUCUGGUGCGCACAUGGCACCGAGGACGCGCUCCUGGCUCCGCUGACAGACGCGCAACAUGGAGUCAAACUCUGGAUCAUAGAACCUGUCCUGAGUGCACAAUUUCCCAAACAAUUUACAGAUUAUCACAGCUGAAGUCAGGAUUAAUUUAUUUUUACUUUUUUUUUUUUUUUUUUUUUUUUUUGGUGGCAUAACGAUCAGAGCAAUGCUGGGUUUGAACAGGACUGUCAGACUCCGGCCAGCUCGGACUCAGCCGGGAAUUGGACCCUCAUCCCGAACCUCGUCAUCCUGUCAGAAUCAGGGUGCCAGCUCCAGGAUUUAUUGUGCGUCUGUGCUGCUGCUGCUGCUCGUUACUCCAAGAGUGGAUUCUUCAUGGUGGUACAUCGGCGCUCUUGGCGCUCGUGUGAUCUGCGACAACAUUCCCGGACUAGUGAACAAACAGCGCCAGCUCUGCCAACGCCACCCUGACAUCAUGCAGGCCAUCGGCGAGGGCACCAAGGAGUGGAUCAGAGAGUGCCAGCACCAGUUCAGACACCACCGAUGGAACUGCAGCACGUUGGAUCGAGACCACACCGUCUUUGGACGUGUCUUGCUCCGGAGCAGUCGGGAAGCAGCUUUCGUCUACGCCAUCUCCUCAGCGGGAGUUGUGUACGCGCUAACUCGCGCAUGCAGCCAGGGGGAGCUGAAGACGUGUGACUGUGACCCUCACAAACGAGGACGAGCUCGUGACACCAGAGGCGAGUUUGAUUGGGGUGGCUGCAGUGAUAACAUCAACUACGGGAUAAAGUUUGCCAAAGCCUUCAUCGACGCCAAAGAGAGAACAGUCCGAGAUGCCCGCGCACUCAUGAACCUCCAUAACAACCGAUGUGGUAGAACGGCUGUGAAGCGCUUCAUGAAGCUGGAGUGUAAAUGCCACGGUGUGAGUGGCUCUUGCACACUGCGGACAUGUUGGAUGGCCAUGGCUGACUUCAGGAAGACUGGCGACUACUUGAGGAGGAAAUACAACGGGGCUGUUGAGGUGAUGAUGAACCAGGAUGGGACAGGGUUUGCCGAAGCCAACAAAGCCUUCAGGAAAUUCACCAAAAGCGAUCUUGUCUACUUCGAGAAUUCACCAGAUUACUGCCUCCAAGACAAAUCAGCAGGGUCCCUAGGCACAGCUGGACGGGUCUGCAACAAGACAUCGCGUGGCACAGACGGCUGCGAGGUCAUGUGUUGUGGGCGUGGCUAUGACACUACUCGAGUCAAACAAAUCACCAAGUGUGAGUGCAAGUUCAAAUGGUGCUGUGCAGUGGAGUGUAAGGACUGCGAGGAAGCCGUGGACAUACACACGUGCAAAGCGCCAAAACGAGCUGGGUGGUUGGACCAGACCUGAGGACACACAAACACCUCUGCUUCCUGCAAUGCAACCCCACCCAUCACCCCCUUUGCAGGAUAUCCUGUGGAACACAGCAUUCUGGGAAACUUUAAUCCAAAAAUGCUCUGUGUCGCCGCUGCCCUCCUCUUCCCCUCCACCUUGUCUCAUUGCAUGGCUUUUUACAUUUCUCUACGUGUUUGAGAAAGCACUAGAGUCCACUACCCAACAAAGCGAACUAACACACAUUAGCUACUGUUUGUGAUCGACUCUGUGAUUGAGCUGCUGGGAUCUGAUGAACAGUAAAGGCAGUGACAUCACUUUGGCUUUCAUCACAGUCAGACGGACUUUUUACUCCAUGUGUGGUUCUGUGUUUAAAACAGCUGCUUUCAUGAUGUUUUUUUUUACAUUAACUGAGACAUAUUCAGUAUUAUUACAUCAUGUCAUAUACUCACAAAGGUUUGCUUCAGUUUUUUUUUUAAGAAAAUCUGCAUUUCUCUUCUAAAAUCUUGGUUUAGUAAGUGCAAUUGAAGUGGACAUCUAAGUAUAAAGUUGGUCCUGUGUGGCCAAACAGGAAUCCAAGGUGGGGACUAUGGGAGGACAUGAGGAUGGACACCAGAUGAAUUAAAAUAAAUGGAUGGUUGGAUGUGUCACUGGAACGUUUAAUGAAACUGAAAAAAGAAUAGGUGUUUAAAGUGCUUUAUUUAAAUUGUAAAAUGUUUUUGUUGCUCAUCUGAAGAUGAGACUGCACUACAUCGGCUGAAACAGGGAGAGAGAGAGAGAGGAGCGCUCCCAUCACUGUGAUCAUUCCCCAGAUUUCAGCAUGUGAAAUAGAAAAAAACUGCUGCUGAAGAAAGAAAACCAACGCUUGUAUCCCACUGUGCUAUGACUGCUAGCAACAAAUUGGAGACUGUAUUUGUGAAGGCAUUUCCAAGCCAUCUCAAAAUCUUCACAAGCUGUCCCUUUUUCUCACAUGUUCCAAAAACUUGCAAAUUGAGCUUUCUCUCAAGAUAACAUCAGAGCAUCUGUGCACAUGAGGAUCCGGGUUCAAGUUGUUUUCUUCAAAAAUGCAAGAAGUGAGCGACAAUUGGAGGUACUGGUCUUAUUAAAGGGAAUCUUUGCAAUGUUUUCAUAUUUUUAAAUCCUUUUAUUGAGCCAUUAUGUGCUAAAAGGACCCUUUACAUGGUUAAUGACAGGCCACCAGCCCCUAUUACCCCCUGUGGCCAGAAUAUUCCACUCGCAACUUCAGACUAGCGGACCGCUCUGUUGGGACUUACCUUGACAUACCAGGUGCUGCAGUCUGCUUCCAGCUUGUUUCCUGCAUGUUUUAGAUCAUAAACACAGCUGGAAUGUCUCUUGCAGACACUGAUGAAGGCUGGGAGGCGUUUCAGAUGUUAGAUUAAGGUGUUAAAAAGAUGAACACACAGCGAGGAGAUAGUUUAUGCUUUUAGAUCUACAAAUUGACACGAGGGGGUGCUAAAAGCAAGCCAAAACUGCCUAGUUCUCCUUUAAAUGAUGGGCAAUUCUGUAUGAAUUGAAACAUUCUUAUGACACUUUGUGAUUAAACUGCAAUACAAAGAUUUGCACAACUUUCACAAAUUUUUUGCUACUACAUUUGCCACAUGUGACAAUGGUGACCAAUGAAACCUGUUGCACCGUAUCUUCUGAAAAUUCAUUUUUUAUUACUUUUUUCUCCAAUUUGUGGCCAGCAGUCACAGUCCGGUGAGCUACAGGCUUUCACAACGACGUUGAUGUGCUUCACCUCUCUGCUCUGAAGCUUGCUUGUGUAACAUUUUGUACAAUGCCUUAUAAACAGAUGUUCAUAAGAAAUAUAUGUUGUAUAAUACUGGCAUGCUUUUUUUGUUUGUUUUGUUUUUGUUUUUUGUUCAAAGAUUUAAAGUUUUUAAAAACUUGCAUUACAUAAGAGUCUUGAUGGAACACAAUGGUUGUGAUGUUAACAUACAGACACUAAACAGAAGCACCAAUGCUGUUGGUAACAAAGACUGAUUCUGUGUGGAUCGGGUUGAGGGGGUGUUAUAUCAGUCAAGGAGAGGGAAGUGUUUUAUUAAAGUCCCAGCCUAAAAUCCUAACCCCUGCUGGCCCUCUUCCACCCCUCACUUUGUGGAAUUCCAGGUGCGUCCCAGGCUAAUGACUAGAUGGCUGUAAUUACCCAGGGCUGUUGAUAGCUGCUGAUGGGACAUGGUUGUGCCACAGAGGACCUAGUGUGGGCUCCUGCUGGGACCACAUUUAAUCAAAGGCUUCUUGGCCGGCUUAUCAAAGGGAAUAUUUUCCAGCAAUCUUCUCAGUCUCAGCCCCUUCAGCUCCCCAGACUCCACAUCAGUCUCUGCUACAGACUCCAAAGACUCUUGACAAUGUGAAGUCUAGAGACAAUUACACACAAAUGCAAAAUUCAAUAAAAGCAGUGCCUAACAUUUUUGGACAGCAACGUUAA